GCGGACCAGUACGAGCGCAGCCUUUGUUCGGGUCGGUUUCACGAUCGAAAUUCUCCAGGGUUGUUUAGUGUGCUGCAACGGCGCGAGAUGGACAGUGAUCCGCGAGUGAUGUGCUGGUAGCGUUUUCGUUGAACUUUACAAGAUCGAAUAAAUGGUGAAGAUGUCGGUGAUGCAAAUGCAGCAGGCGAAGCGGCAGCACUGUUAUCUUUGUGAUCUGCCCAGAAUGCCUUGGGCCAUGGUCCACGAUUUCUCAGAGGCUGUAUGCCGUGGCUGCGUUAAUUAUGAAGGUGCAGAUAGGAUUGAAAUUGUUUUGGAGACCGCGAGGCAGAUGAAGAGGCUCCAUGGGUUCCAAGAACAGAGAUCGUCACAUCCUACUUCGAAGUCUCAUAGACAAUUAGCCGGUGGACCAGACCACCAAAACGGGGAUGUUGUAGCUACGUCUAGCAGACAACAAGCCGCAGGGGCUCAUCAUAGCUACAACGUUCAUCACUCGAGAACUAAUAUUUUAACAGAAUACCAAGGUACUCAACCUCCUCCUCCACCGAGAGGUGCCACCUCCAUGGCAAGACCUCUUCAAGAAGCCACAACAGAGCACGAAGCUUUAGUAGCUAGGACUGCCGUCAGAUUACCAUCGACACACCUCGGUGCUGCUACUCACCACUCCCUACAAUCUCAUCAUCAUCAUCCUGGAAAUCAACGCUCCUCUGGGAUCCAACAGGGACUCAAGAGGGGCCUCUCCACCGCCGACGACGAUGACAAUCAUGGACUACAUCACGCUAACGGCGUAAGUGAUGUAAACGGCGCUAAGAGAAUGUUAACGGUUGAGGAACACAGCGGACCCGCCGUACGUCCUCCUCUGACUCGUGGGGAAUCCCUUCCUGCGGUCUCACUAGCCCAACCAUUUGCUAUAACAGCCGAAAGAACAUUCAAGCAAGAGAAACAUCCAUUGAGGACUGCCUCAUUUGAUACAGCCACAGCCUUUAAACCUAAUGGAUACACAGCUCCGGUUUCUGUGGCAAGCGGAAAUAGUACCACUUCUAGUUCGCCUUUAAGCAACAGAACUGUUUCGCCCCCGGAGGCUAAUACCACAGGUAGUACACAACAAUCACAAAGUAGUAGUGCGAAUUUGGGACAAAAUCCAAUGGCUGCCUUAAUUUCUGCAGCCGACAAUUUACCGCCGGGGAGUCCGAGAUCUGCCGGUGGUAGUCCUCCUAGUACUGUAGCGCCGAGAUCGGCAUCUAGAGGCUCGCAGCAUUCGCCAAAUUCAAGCGGAUCUACGAGUAGUCGUCGAUCGUCUGGCUCGAGACAUGUCUCUUCUACCACAGUUACGUCAACCGAUGUUUCAGCUGGGGCCUUAGGUGGACCCGUCAACGAAGGAACUACACCUGCCGGGGAAAAUGUUACUACUCCUGCUCCGACACAGACACUUAAAUGCACCUUGUGCCAGGAAAGGCUUGAAGACACUCAUUUCGUGCAAUGCCCUUCUGUACCACACCAUAAAUUUUGCUUCCCUUGCAGUAGAGAUAGCAUUAAACGCCAAGGAGCUGGAGCAGAGGUUUAUUGUCCAAGUGGGGAGAAAUGUCCAUUGGCUAAUUCGAGUAUACCAUGGGCGUUUAUGCAAGGUGAAAUAGCGACGAUCUUAGGGGAGGACCAUAAGGUGAAGAAGGAAAGGGAGUCUUAAUGGGGCCGAAGGUAAUAACGUUGGCUCAGUUGACAAGCCCUUAAAGGGCGACGUAUCCAGAAAUUGUAAUAUUGGGAGCUGGGCGCGCGAUUGUUGUUGGUCUGUUGGUCGUUGGAGGGCAGGAUUUGCAAACUUGGUAGAGGCUGUGGUCGAAUACAUUUGUUUCUGAACGCACUUUGUUUCUUCCCCUGGAGAUUAGCCAAACGGCGUGGGGAAGAACUUGUGUAAUUAACCGUACCGAAUUAUGAUAAAAAUAAAGGUUUAGACAGUCUAUGGACCGUUUCACGCAAACGAAAGGCUAAAUAUCGCCGAAUUGUACUUGUAAAUAAGCAGUUUUCGUUAGCUGAAGGAAAGCAAGGAUACACAAUUUUAUGCUGGAACGAGAAUUUAUUUUUUUUUUGUAAUAAACAAUUAUAUUGUGAAAAAAACAGCUUUUAUUUGUGUUCAUUGUUUUUUUGAUUAAUUAGAAUUAUUUUUAUUGAUAAUAUUACAUGGUUUCUUUAACUUUUUGAUUUCUCUGUGUACUUUUUAAUUCUUGUAAAUACUUGUAAAUAUUCUAAUUUUUCGCUAUAUUAAUAUCUCCUUUUUAAGUGUACAAAGUAAUUUUUAAGUGAUAAUAAAAAUAUACGCACAAUUAUAUAAGUACAUAUAUAAAUGUAUUUUACAUAUAUUUGAGUUCUUUUUGAUAUUUAUCUCUCGAUAUAUACCACCAGAUUUAUUUCCAAAUUCUGUAAAUAAAUAUAACUUACAUAACCUAAAAUUUAAAACGAUCAUAUUCCGAUGAAUUCAGUCGAAAAAACGAUUUGUUUUUCUACGAUUUCUUAGUUUCCCUUACUCUUACAUAUUUUAUUUGUUAAUCGGAAGGUAAAAACCUAGUCAAAUCAUGAAGUGCUUCGAGCGCUUCAUCAUAGGAACUCCAAAACUCGCUGGUAAAUUUUAAGGAAGAUAUCGACAUUUAAAAAUCCUUGAUAAAGAGAAAGAACAUUUUUAAUAAAAAAAACUUGUAUAUUUGUAUCUCCUUGACUUUGUCCAAGGUCGACAUUUUUUGAACGUUUUGUUUAGAAAGAUAGUUGAUAAGCUACGAUGAUAAAGAAUUUGAAUUUUUAAUAACUUGUUCUUUUUAAACAAACCUUUCAAAAAAAGAACUCGCCUACUUUUCAUCACAUAAAGGACUUUGUAAAUAUUACUAAUCUUGUAACAACUAUUUGAAGCAAUCUUUAAUAUUUUAUUGUUCUUAUUGAAAAGAAAGUGAUUUAGGUCGUCUUUUAACUCGUUUAUAGAAUUAUUUGGUAAUGUUCUAAAUCUUUCUUGUAGAACUUUCCUCCUCCCUUUUUUUUGCUUUAUUUACCUUCUCACAAGAUCGUUAUUAUUGUCGCGUAGAAAUUUAAGUCUCGUGUAUAAUAUUGAAAAAAAUUAACUUAUAGAAUUUUUGGGGGGGGCGCGUGUAUUAUACCGAGCGUUCUUAAUGCCGAAACAAAAAUAAUAAAAAUCAAUAUUAUGAUAAAUAUAUUAUUAAACAUUUGUGAUGACAAAGCACAGUUUUAAUAUCGUAUUGACAAUGUCAGUUUUUUGUAACUUGAUUGUUGAUUAAAUCAACUGGCAUAAUUUGUAUGUUUAAUGAAGAAAAAAGCUUGUACAAUCCCGCUGUUACUUGAUGUGAAAUAAAACUGAAUAUUCAAUGUGUAA